AGAAUAGGAAAAAUGCAAAUACAAACAAGUUGUAUGUACCACCAUUAAUACUUUUAUUGUAUGUAUGUAGAUCAAUCCCUCAGAUUCCAAUCACAAGCGGUCACAGAAAACACAUUGAGUCUCUAUCAGGUCCAUGGCCUCUAAAACCCAGGUGGGCUUCAUUGGCCUGGGGAACAUGGGAAACCCAAUGGCAAAGAACCUCAUGAAACAUGGAUAUCCAGUGAUAGCCUCGGAUGUAUUUCCAGAGUCCUGCAAAGAGUUACAGGAGCUUGGAGCUCAGAUUCUGGACAACCCUGCAGAUGUGGCAGACAAGGCAGAUCGCAUCAUCACAAUGCUUCCAUCUAGCCCUAAUGUUAUAGAUGUGUAUACAGGCCCAAAUGGCAUUCUGAAAAAAGUGAAAAAAGGAUCUCUCCUCAUUGAUUCCAGCACUAUUGAUCCAGCUGUGACCAAGGAGAUGGCAGUUGCCGCAGAGAAAAUGGGGGCUGUGUUCAUGGAUGCCCCAGUGUCUGGAGGUGUUGGUGCUGCCACUUCUGGUAAGCUCACCUUUAUGGUGGGUGGGCCUGAGGCAGAGUUCAACGCGGCCAAGGAGCUUCUGAGCUGUAUGGGCGCCAAUGUUGUUUACUGUGGCCAGGUCGGCACAGGGCAGGCAGCUAAAAUCUGCAACAACAUGCUGCUGGCCAUUGGGAUGAUUGGAACAGCAGAGACCAUGAACUUGGGCAUCAGAUUAGGGCUUGACCCAAAACUUCUAGCCAAGAUCUUGAACAUGAGUUCUGGCCGCUGUUGGUCAAGCGAUACAUACAACCCUGUCCCGGGUGUGAUGGAGGGAGUGCCCUCAGCAAACAACUAUCAGGGCGGCUUUGGAACUACACUAAUGGCUAAGGAUCUUGGACUUGCACAGAAUACAGCAACCAACACAAAGACACCCGUGCCGCUGGGCUCUCUAGCCCAUCAGAUUUACCGAAUGAUGUGUGCACGUGGCUAUGCCAGCAAAGACUUCUCCUCUGUCUUCCAGUUCCUUCGCGAGGAGGAGGGACAGUAGAUGUCAACGCACUCUGCCCCUUUCACAGCCUUACACAGCACUGCCUGCCUUGCACAUGACCUGUCUUUUGAAAAAAUUGACCAGUGUAAUACGUUUCGCGUCAAUGUGCAGGGAGACUGAAUUGAUGAAUGAAUGCAUGUGUCUGGACGAGAGAGCAUGUGUUUAGGGUUUAUUUGACAGGCCACGAUCCGCAAUGUUACACAUGUAGUAAUCCACCAAUCAACUUCUUACAUGCUGUGAAUUUUUAGACUUAUUUUUCUGACUGUUAUUGCCUUUGAGGCUGUUCUGUAGACUAACAAUACAUUACUAUGGUAAUGCAACAUAAUAGUUUUUGUCAUAAUAAUGUUUUAUUUCAUCUUCAGGAACCACAAACACUGUCCAGACCAGCCGUUACACUCCUUGAAGCUUUCUAUUAGUAAAAAUCACUUUUUUAAAUGUUAAUGUGGGGUCUGUUGAGUCGCAGUUCAGACUGAUAAUGGUCAACAUGUCAUAUUCAUGUAAAAAAAAUGUAGAAAUUAAAGAACAGGAGAAAUCUGUAGCUCUGUUGUAAAAUUAUUGUGGGGAAGGAGCUUCAAUUGUACAUAAAUUGUAAUGGUUCUUAACAACCUGAAUAUAGAUGUGGUGUGGUCAGUGCUAAGAUCAGGUCUGCCCGUGUUUUUCUAGGUCAGCCCAAUUAAAUGGUGCUAUCUGGUGAGAAGAUUGGGACCCUGCAUAUUUUAAGGUCCACAAAUAGGAAACCAGAGCUCCUCGGGGGGCCCAGCAUGCUUCUGUCACAAUUUAAUGGAGUAAAUAAUGUAAUAAAGAAGAUGCACACUG